AUGCAGGAACAAGAAAAAUAUGCAGAAGCCAUUGAAACAUUGAAGAAGAAUGUGAGAAUUACAAUAAUCGAUGCAAAAUCUAGCAAGUUGAUUAACUUAAUCGACACAGUUGAGCGCUUGGGACUGGGGUAUCAUUUUGAGACUGAAAUCACUGAUAAAUUGGAAGAAAUAUACAAAGAUUUGCACGAAAAGUAUGAAGAUCACGACCUAUUUACUACUGCGCAAGGGUUUCGUCUAUUAAGGCAACAUCAGUAUCAAGUUUCAUGUGGCAUUUUCGAGAAAUUUAAGGAUGGAGAAAACAAAUUCAGAGAUAGCAUCGCUAAUGACGUUGAGGGUUUGUUGAGCUUGUACGAGGCGGCUCAUGCGCGCAUUCAUGGGGAGGAUAUUUUAGACGAGGCUGUUCCAUUUACGACCCAUCACUUGAAGCGGAUAUUAGCCACCGAGUUAUUAGAGCCCUCACUUGAAGGAAAGAUUACACGAGCUUUAGAGCAUCCUUAUUAUAGGGGUGUUCCGAUUAUUGAGAUACGCAUUUACAUUUCUCAUUACGAAAAAGAUGAUUCGAAGGACUCACUUCUUCUCAAACUCGCCAAACUCAAUUUCAAUUUCUUACAGAAUUUGUAUAAGGAAGAAAUGUCUGAAGUCUCCAAGUGGUGGAAUCAAUUCGACCUCAAGUCUAAACUGACGUAUUCAAGAGAUAGAUUGAUCGAAUGUUAUCUUUGGGGAGCAGCUGUGCAUUUUGAGCCUCAGUACUCUUAUGUUCGAAAAAAUGUUGCUAAAAGCAUGCAAAUGGUGUCGACAAUGGACGAUACGUACGACAAUUAUGCUACACUUGAAGAAGCUCAACUUUUGACCGACCUCUUGGAAAGAUGGGAUAUGAACCAAAUCGAUCGACUCCCAAACUACAUGAAGAUUCUAUAUAGAUUCAUCAUGAGCAUAUGUGAAGACUAUGAACGUGAUGCAGCAGAACAAGACAAAUCCUUUGCAGUUCCCCAUUUCAAAGAAUCAGUGAAACAACUUGCCCGAGCUUACAAUCAAGAACAAAUAUGGAUAAUGGAACGCCAAAUGCCCUCGUUUGAAGAUUAUAUGAACAACUCGGUGAUCACAAGUUGCAUAUACGUGAUGUUCUUGGCUCUAAUCCCGGGCCUCAAAUGUGUUACCAAGGAAGUUGUUGAAUGGUUGGUGAACGAUUCUAAACUUGUAAUAUCUACUGCUAAGAUGGGUCGACACCUUGAGGAUUUGGGUAGCGAAGAUCGCGAGAAUAGAGAAGGAAAAAUGCUCACGGUUGUUGAUUGCUACAUGAAGAAUCACAACGUGUCAAGAAAAGAGGCAUUAUCCAAAUUCAAAGAGUUUGUGGAGAAUGGUUGGAAGAACAUGAACACGGAGUGGGUCGCCAAAAGCUCAAUACCAAAAGAAAUGGUUGUGCAAGUCAUUAACUAUGGACGGGUGGCCGAGGUGACUUACAAGAACUCGAUAGACCAUUAUACGUGUCCUGAGAAGUUCAUGACUCCCGUGAUUACCGCUACAUUUGUUGACCCCAUUGCUAUUUGA